GAGCUUCAGUUACCAUUUAACUUCACUGCUUCCAUCAUCCUCCUCUCCUUCAUCUUCAUCAUAGUGAAGGAAUGGAAGAAAUCAAAAUCAGUUAAGAAGAAAAAGUUGCCUCCUGGUCCCUGGAAACUCCCUUUGAUUGGGCACUUGCUCCAUGUUGUAGGUUCACUUCCUCACCAUUCUCUUAGGGACUUGUCCAACAAGUAUGGCCCUCUCAUGCACCUCAAGUUCGGUGAAGUCUCGACCAUCGUUGUUUCUUCACCUAAAGUGGCCAAAGAGGUGCUCAAAACUGUAGACCCCGCAUGCGCUGACAGGCCACAAAGCCUAGCCAGUCAGAUCAUGUGGUACAACUAUAUCGACAUUGCGUUUAGCCCUUAUGGAGAGUACUGGCGGCAAAUGCGCAAAAUAUGCAUUUUGGAGCUUUUGAGUGUUAAGAACGUGCGUUCUUUCGAUUACAUCAGGAAGGACGAGGCCUCUCGUCUCGUUGAAUCCAUUCGGGCGAGCUCUGGGAGGCCAAUCAACCUGACCGACAAGACUUUCUUGUUCACCAGUGCCAUCACUUGCAGAGCUGCGUUUGGUAAAGUGUUGAAGGACAGGGAAACACUAAUCAGCUUGCUCAAGGAAGCAGUUGUCUUGGCAGGUGGCUUUGAUAUGGCUGAUUUGUUCCCUUCACUAAAGAUACUUAACAUCAUCAACUGGAACAAGUACAAGCUUUUGAAGAUGCGCAGCAAGAUGGACGCAAUUCUCGACAGACUAAUUGACGAGCACAAAGAUAACCUCGCGACAUCAAAGAAAGGCAACGGGGAGAUGGGAAGUGAAGAUUUGGUUGAUGUUCUGUUGAGAUUGAAGCAAAGUGGAGAAUUUGAGUUUCCAAUAGCCAACAACAACAUCAAAGCAGUCCUAUUUGACAUGUUUUCUGCUGGAACGGAGACCUCUUCGACGACUGUUGAUUGGGCCAUGGCAGAACUAAUGAGAAACCCGCACGUUCUGGCAAAGGCGCAGGCUGAGGUAAGAGAAACAUUUAAAGGAAAGGAAACGAUCGAAGAGUGCGAUGUGCAUGCGCUGAAGUACCUGAAAUUGGUAAUAAAAGAAACUCUAAGAAUGCACCCUCCGAUCCCUUUACUCCCAAGAGCAUGCAGAGAGGAAUGUGAGGUUGAGGGGUACACCAUACCUCUCAAGGCCAAAGUCAUGGUCAACACUUGGGCCAUGGGAAGAGACCCCAACUAUUGGCCUCAGCCCGAAAACUUCAAGCCCGAAAGGUUUGAGGAGAACUCCAUUGAUUACUUGGGAGCCCACUAUCAGUAUCUGCCAUUCGGGUCGGGCAGGAGGAUUUGCCCCGGGAUGACAUUUGGGUUGGCCAAUGUGGAGCUUCCUUUGGCUCAGCUUCUGUAUCACUUUGAUUGGAAGCUUCCAAAUGGAAUGAAACCUAGUGACAUGGAUAUGGCUGAUGCUGAAGGAAUUGCUGUCGGACGAAAACACAAUCUCCUCGUCAUUCCCACUCCCUAUAUACCUGAGAAUUAAAUCCGACCAAAGGUGGCGGCCCGAAAUCUUGAGUACCAUCUGAUCUUUGGCGCUGGAAGAAAUAUAUCUGUAUUUAAAUUAAUUAUUACUCGGUCGUUUAAUGUUGUGAACAUAUAAAAGUAAGUGCAGUAUUAAAUAAGUAUGAUAGUGUUGUACUUGUUUCUUACAAUGUAAUCUAUGAUUUCUUUAUUGAGGUUUUGUAGUUGUUUCACGUACCUCAGUAAGAUGAGUGAUUAAUUCUUUUGUACAAGAUUGAUUAAUUUUA